UAUCUUUCCAUCCCAGUCAGUCCAUCACCCACAAUGUUCUCUAUCAAAGCCCUCAGCAUUAUUGGUGCCCUCGUCGGCAUGACUGCCGCCUACGAUGAGCGGAUGGAAGUCAAAAAGCCGGAUGGUAUGAGCAUGCAGCUUUUUGAGAGAGCAUUCUUCUCCGCCUGUUACGGCUUUGAGCCCAUCCGGACGGUUGAAGGCCCCUGGUUCGGGCCAGAUGCCUUCUUUCAGCCAGGGGAUUAUCAAGGCAAGAACAACGAGACAAUUGCAUUGGCAUCCUGCACAUAUUUCAACGACUACCACCAUCCUGUCGGGGUCACUGCGGGCGUCGCUCAGCUGCUUGGUGGUAACACUACCGAACCUUGCCCUUACGAUGUGUGCACUUGGCAAUAUCAGGCCGACGGAACCUACCUCAGUGGCUUGAUAUCCCACGCACCCGACUUUGGGUACCAAUACAACAACUUUUCCACCUGGGGGUGUUUCAAGCCCCAGGCCUGAGCGGAUCUUCUACCAUGCAAC